AUGGACGAUGAGCCUCUUCCUUCCACACCACCGCGCUCGACCAACCGCACGCAGACGAUAUCGCUCCUUACACGACGCUCUUUAGGUCUGCAGUGUCGGAUCACCAUGUCGUCUUCCUCAGGACAGGCCAAUGCUCCGCCUGCGGCUGCCGACGCGGUGCAGGAUACCAACUUUGUUCUCCCACCCACUCCCGCUCAAAGCAACGGCGGCUAUGGGUCUGCAUCCGCUCCCACCGCCGAGGCAGCUCAGACAUCCAAACCCACCUCCACCACCUCGCGCGCUCUCGCUCCAGACCUGCUUCGUGGCCUCAUCCUACCCCUCAUGUCGCUUGACCACGCCGCCCUCUUCCUGGGUGCGUGGCUGCACGGUACACCUAAGCAAUCCGAAUCCGCAGGAACACCCUUCACCCGUUGGAACUUCACUACUGCCUACGUCUCGCGUACCAUCACCCACCUCUGCGCGCCCGGCUUCUUCUUCCUCAUGGGCAUGGGGUGCGUCUACUUCCAGCGAUCUCGUGCCAAGAUCGGUUGGAGCAAGCCGAGGAUGGCCAAGCACUUUGUGGUCAGGGCGCUGGCGUUGACGCUGGUGAGCGAAGUGCUGGGCGAGAGCCUGAUGUGGGGUAGGAGGAUCUGGAUCAUCAACAUCGUGUUGAUCGGGUUGGCCGUGGAUUAUUUGUUGACCGGGCUGUUGUGUUUGUUGGUCGACUCGACCGAGGGGAUGCUGGCUGGGCAGCUCGACGGCUGGAGCGGUCGAGCAGCUACAAGCGACGGCGACGAUGAGACAAGACCUCUGCUUUCAAUAGGCGCCGGGCACAGUGCCACCGUUGCAUCAGCUUCGUCGCGAUCCACAUCCAUCUCGUUCUGGAUCCACAACGCUGUGCUCCUGCUGCUCACCUACAUCACCAUCUUUUGGAACAUCUGGCUCUCACCCACCGGCGGUCACUGCUCUCCCGCAUCCUCCUCCACCACUUCGUCUCUCGCCUCACAGAUACCAAUCGAGCUUCUCGCCCUUAGCCCCACCACCGCCGUCGACCAACCACCGCCCGCCGUACCACCCAGUUCGCGCCUCGGGCCGUGGUUCGACUUUUGGUUCUUCCCCGUCCAGAAUCGCUUCGUCAUGUCAGGCUUCCCACCUCUAGCCUGGAUCUCCUUCUGCCUCUUCGGCAUGCUCUACGCCCGCAUCAUGCUGUACAAACGUUGGACUCCCAAAGCUGUGGCUGCAUGGAACGUCGGCGUCAGCGUCGUUCUCGCUGCGCUGUUCGUCGGGACAAGGUUGUUGCAUUUCGGAAACCUCUCGGAAGGAUGCUUGCAGAUCGUAGGGGAUGGAGCUGUCGAUGCGGCAGAGGGGAACCAAUACUUGGUCUCCGUCAAGAGCUUUUUCUACAUCACAAAGGUUGUCGGUUUCCCUUCUCGUACGCUGCGCUGUCGACAGCAGUUACUGACGAAAUCUUUUGGCUGGAUGAACAGAGCGCACAUGUACCUAUACUUCUUGCUCGCCGUACCAGCGCGAUACUUUUUCGAACACGAGUUGCCCGACAAGCCACCCAACGCAUGGGAACGUACCACGGGACUCGGCAACACCGCCCCCUUCUGGAUCAUCUGGAUCCUCGGACUCUUCAUCCUCAGUCCGAUGUGUCGUGCCUACGGGCGAUUCAAAGCCAAGCAAAGCGCUGAUUCCAUCUGGCGAUUCUUCUAG